GCCACGCCUCCACGGCUCGACACCUGGCUCUCCAACAGUCCGUCAGUUGCGCUGUUGCGGAACGGUUUUUCAGACAGGACCGGCGGAAGAAAAGCGAGAGGUAGAGAGAGAGAGAAAGAGAGAGAGGGAAAAAAGCGAAUGGGGGGCAGGAAGAGGAGAAUGUGACAACUGCUGGAUGCGGACAGAGUGUGUGCGGCUGGCUACACUGCCUUUGGGGAGGCCUCGGCUCUUGCACCUGUCCCUCUCCGUCUCCGCGGCCAGGCGCAGUUUGGGCGAGAGCGACGCUCCUUUAUUUAUCAGGCAGGGCGCACAGCGGCGGAGGCGCACACACACUCUCUCACACUCUCUCUCACACACACACGGACGGUACUGUACGCACACACUCAUACACAGGGCAGGAAGGCAACAUGACUUCAUCCUACAAUCUGGAUUUUCUGCCCGAUAUGAUGGUGGAGAGUCGCCUGCUCGUUCCCGGGGACAGAAUUAACGGCACGGCCGGAAAAAUGAACGGGGCGCUGGAGCAUUCGGACCAGCCAGACCCGGACGCCAUCAAGAUGUUUGUGGGCCAGAUCCCACGCUCCUGGUCAGAGAAGGAGCUGAAGGAGCUAUUUGAACCGUAUGGAGCCGUCUACCAGAUCAACAUCCUCCGAGAUCGCAGCCAGAACCCUCCACAGAGCAAAGGCUGCUGUUUUGUCACGUUUUACACAAGGAAAGCUGCCCUUGAAGCUCAGAAUGCACUGCAUAACAUAAAGACCUUAACAGGGAUGCACCACCCUAUUCAGAUGAAACCUGCAGACAGUGAGAAAUCUAAUGCAGUGGAAGACAGGAAGUUGUUCAUCGGCAUGGUGUCGAAGAAGUGCAACGAGAACGACAUCCGGGUCAUGUUCUCUGCGUUUGGACAGAUCGAGGAAUGCCGGAUCCUCCGAGGACCCGACGGGCUCAGCAGAGGAUGUGCGUUUGUCACGUUUUCCACCAGAGCUAUGGCACAGAAUGCAAUCAAAGCCAUGCACCAGUCUCAGACUAUGGAGGGCUGCUCAUCUCCCAUCGUGGUGAAGUUCGCCGACACACAGAAGGACAAGGAGCAGCGGCGUCUGCAACAGCAGCUGGCGCAGCAGAUGCAGCAGCUCAACAGUGCGACCACCUGGGGGAGCCUGACGGGCCUGGGCGGCCUCACCCCGCAGUAUCUGGCUGUAAGGAGCGCCGCCGAGUCGCCCACCUCCAUCACCUCCUCCACAGCCCCUUACUGCAGCCCCGUGGCCAACUCAGCAGCAUUGCUUCAGCAAGCAGCCUCCUCUGGUAACCUAGGAGCCUUCAGCGGGAUCCAGCAGAUGGCCGGUAUGAGUGCUCUGCAGUUGCAGAACCUGGCCACUUUAGCGGCGGCAGCGGCGGCGGCCCAAAACUCAGCCAGCCCCUCCACCGCAAACCCCCUGUCCUCCAACGCCGCCUCCCUGGGAGCGUUGGCCAGCCCAGCGGGCACCACAGCCAGCUCCAACGCUGGCGCCAUGAACUCUCUGACCUCUCUGGGCACCCUGCAGGGCCUGGCAGGAGCAACUGUGGGCCUGAACAACAUUAAUGCACUAGCAGGUAGCGUUAACAUUGCUCAAAUGCUCUCAGGUAUGGCGGCUCUAAACGGAGGCCUGGGCGGCGCAGGGCUCACCAACGGGACGGCAGGCACCAUGGACGCGCUGACGCAGGCUUACUCAGGGAUCCAGCAGUACGCCGCCGCAGCGCUGCCCACCCUCUACAGCCAGUCCCUGCUGCAGCAGCAAGGGGCUGCCGGCAGCCAGAAAGAGGGUCCUGAAGGUGCCAACCUGUUCAUCUACCACCUGCCCCAGGAGUUUGGAGACCAGGACAUACUGCAGAUGUUCAUGCCUUUCGGAAAUGUGGUCUCUGCCAAAGUCUUCAUCGACAAACAGACAAACCUUAGCAAGUGCUUCGGCUUCGUCAGCUACGACAAUCCAGUGUCGGCACAGGCAGCCAUCCAGGCCAUGAACGGCUUCCAGAUUGGCAUGAAGCGGCUGAAGGUGCAGCUGAAGCGCUCCAAGAACGACAGCAAACCGUACUGAUCUUAGCACUAGGGUCUAUCUGCUCCCCAUGUUAGCACUGCUAGGGUAAGUCCCCCCACAGAAAAAAAAAAACAAAAAUGAUGAAAAUGAAAAAAAAAACAGCAAACCGAGCCACGACCUCUCUACACAGGGACUCGGGGGUGAGGGUUCAAGGGAGGGGAUGUGGGAGGGAGGGGGAGACGACCUACAACCACCCUGAGGGAGACACACGCCUUGUUUUCUUUCUUUUUUUUUCCUUCUUUUUUUUUCUUGCUUUUUUGGAGACUCUUAUGUUCAAGUAUUAUUAUUUAUUACAGUUUUUUUUGACACACAUGAACGCUUCCAUUACCACCAUUACUUUGUGCAAUUUUUUCUUUCUUUUUUUUAAUAAUAAUGGAAGAAAGUAGCUUUUUUUUCCGAUUUUUUGCUUCGCAGUUAUUUAAAACUUUUCUCGGUGAUUAUUUAUACUUUUUUCAGGACAGACGUAAAGACAAAGGAGCCAUGAAGAUUUUUUUAUUUCCUCUCUCUCAUUAUGAACCUGAGGCCUGGUGAAUGGUUCAUUAUUACUUUUUUUUUUUACUACUUUUUAAAAAAACAAUUUUGACGCGCACGCCGAUAUGCACAUUCGACCUUUGACCUCCGCGGUGUUGGUUGCAGGCCGCCGCUGCUUCUCCAAAAACCCCUCUACGCCUGCUGGCAACCCGGGAGCAAAGGCUGCAAAACUUUUAGUGGCCUCUUUUACAGUAUAGUCAGUGGUAACAUCAACCUGCCGUACAGUUACAGUCUACCACCGCAGGAAGGAAAACAAACACACAUACUCCAGCUUUUAUUUAUGUGAAAAUUUAAAAAAAAGAAGAAUUUUUUUAUUUCUCAAAGGUAAAAAUGAAUAAUUAGUAAACACAUUUCUGGGUCAGAUCACAUUGGUCUUUGUUGUGAAAGAGAUAUUACAGCAUGUAGAGCAUUUUCAAAAUAACAUCCAGAAUUUGAUGAAGGCUAUGACAAUGCUAUUACUACUACUAAUAAUAAAAGAGUUUAUGGGUUAAGGGGGUAAACUGAAAAUACUUGAUGUUUGUUUGAAAGAUUAAAAAAAAAAUAAUUCAAAGUACAGAAAGCCACAGGCCUGUAAAUUUUAUUUGUAAAAAAAGCAGUUCUAUUUUUAUACAGCAUUUUUACUGCCUCAGAUUUAAAAGAAAAAAAAGGAUUUUAUUUAUUGCCUAUCGUUAAGUUAUUGGACUCCUAUAAAGUAUACAGCAUCAUUAUAAAGUAGACCCUUGUGGAGAAGUCUCGUGGAAUUGGGUUCUCUGGUGUUUUUUUGGUGUUUUUUUUAGUGCAGAAAACCACAGUCACCAAAACAUUUCGCCGCCAUUCGAAGCCCCUCCCACCAGCACCACCACCACACUCUUCUCUGUGCUGUUCACCCACCCAUCUAUCCAUCCAUCUCUCUCUCUUAUUACCACUCUCUCCCUCUCUCCAUCCAUAGUGGGACUACUUCUUUCACUUGUCGAAUUUCAACCUUUUUCCUUGCGUUUUUUUUUUUAAUUUCAUAAUUUUUUUUGUUUGUUUUGAGUGUUUUUUUGUUUGUUCGUAGCCCCUCCUUUACCUGCCGACUUUUACAAAGAUCUGAAAGCAGAAAGGAACGAGUUAAAAGAACCUCCCCACCCGUUCCCCGUCUUAAAAAAAAAAAAAUUCUCCCAAAAGAACAUCCAUCCGGGAUCUGAUGGAUAGCGCUUUGGGUGCUCCUUUGUUUAUUUCUUGUUGUUUUUUGUGUGUGCGCGUACGUACGAAUGAGUGAACGUGUGUUGUUGCUUGUUAGUAUAUAGACUUGAAACAUCAAUAUCAUUUUAUAUUACUAAAAAAAAACAAGAAAAAACGGAUUUAAAGCUAAAAUAUUUGCCAAUGAAAUCAGUGAGUGGUGUUGCUGUUCUGCUGUUUUGCAUUGUUGUUCGUUCGUUGUUGUUUGCUGUUUGUUGUUGUUUCUCCUUUAUUUUUUUUUUUAUUUCAUUUUAUUUUAUGUUUUUACAUAAAAAAAAAGAAAUGCUGUAGUGGUGUGGUGCUCUGGCUCUCUGUGUGUAACUCUCUCCUCUCCCGUUUUUUCUUUCCCCCUUUUAGAACAACCCAUCUCCAUGCCUGUUAGCUCAUCGUUUGCCUAGCAUGUCUUCGUGGUGUCGAAAAAAACACAAAACUUUAAACAAAAACAAACAAACAAAAAAUACCCACCAAAAAAAAAGUGCCAUCGUCCUCCUCCUCCUCCCCCGUCAUUGUUUUUUCUGAUGUCUUUUCCGAGCUCACCUGAUCAUAACCUGGUUCUCCUCCUCCUCCGCCACCGCCGUCUACUGACCUUUUUUGAACUUUUAGCUUUUUUGGACUUUUUUUUUUGUUUGCUUUUUGGUCUUUUUAUGUUUUUUUGUUGUUUUGUUUUUGGUUUUUGGUUGUUGUUUUUUUUUUUUGUUCUUUUGCAUGUGACCUCAUUUGGAUCUGUUUUCCGGGAGGGUUUCAGGGAGGGAGGGAGGCGAUAAGGGAGGUGUGGGUAAAUGAAUCAAUGUGAACAACAACAACAUAAAAAAAGCUGCAUUCGUAUGAAAAACAACAAAAAAAAAAGACUGAGAUUUUUAUGGAUAAAAAAAUGUUCCUUUUUUUUUCUUUUUGAGAAAAAACAACAACCUGUGGCAAAGUGAUUUCCAUACAGUGUCUUUUUCUUUUGUUUCUUCUUCUUUUCUUCUUUAUUGUUGUUAUUAUUAUGUCAGUUACUUUUCCUUCCUUCUUCAUUUAAAGUAAACUUGAAAGUUCACAACAGGAAUUGGCGCGUCUUCUUGCUUCUGGUGCCGAUGGAGAGGAGAAAACAAAAAAAACACACAAAAAACACACACAAAAAAAGCCACAAGAGCGCGGGCCAGAAGCAGUCGGCGUCAGUUUCUCUGAGAAAUAAGACUACUUCCAAACAGUUUUGAAUAAAAACUGUCUGAUCAAUAUUAGACUCUCUCAGAGCUCUCUAAUGGUUUUUACAUUUUUCAGGCAGUGUAAAGUUUUUUGAUAAGGCCAUUUUAAGUGGCUCUGUUUCUCAUUCAAAGUCUAUAUAUAGAACCACUUUUUUCUAGAGUAGUUUAAAGGUAAAAAUAAAAAAACGACAUUUGCCCUGUUUGGGGGGGAGAAAUGCUACCUACUUGUGUCACCUUUUGCUGAACUGACUCACAGAUAGACAAUCCGUGGUUUAAAUGCACAUGAUGAAAUGACCUAUAUUUUCUACUGUUUAAAUGUAUAGAGGAAAAAAAAUACUACGAUACCUGUAACCCGCGUUAACGUCGGUGCUUCUCGUGAGUUUAGUUGUGGUUUCAUCACAAGUCUAACGGUCUUAAAUGUCUCAUGUUUUUCAAGAGAAGACUAAAAAAAAAUCAGUUUACUUGAACAAUAGACAAAGCCUUUCAUAUUACUAUAACAGUUACUUUGUUUUUUAUUAUAAUUUUCUUCUUUUUUUUUUUAAGGAGUCCCUAUUUGCUAAAUUUCCUGUUGGUUAAUUACCUAUAUGAAAUUCCUAAAAAUAUAUAUAAAUAUAAAUAUAUCUAUAUAUAUAUAUAUAUAUAUAAAAUGUCAGCUUGUGAAGCAUCAAUGUCAUUAUUAUUUUAUUUCUCUCGUGGGAAACAAUAUUUAGAUGUGUUUUUGUUGUUCAGCAAAAUGUCUUAUAAAGGAAAAAAAGACAAAAUCAGUGGAGUUCAGUGCCAAAUUCUGAAAGGUACUUCCUGCCUAGCGCGUCAGUGUAUUUCUUGUGAAAUUAUUUGAUAACAUGGGUAUUUUAUUAUAAGUGUUUUGUAUGGAUCCCUCAUAUUUAAAAAUAUAGAUUUAAAAAAAAGUUUGUUAACUUGCUAUUCUGUGGUCUUGUUGCCUGAAAAUGUCAUGUUUGCUUUUUUCUUUGUAAAGAUGUAACAAAAAAAAACAAAAAAAGAAAAAAAGUGCCCAUGUGUCAUAUAUAUAUCUAUACACACACACACACAUUCAUACACACACGGACAUGCGCACACACACUCUCGUGCAGACCUCACAGUUUACUUUGUUAUUGUGCAUGAGAGCCCCUGAGUGUGAAAGCCUCUACAGCAACCGCUACUGCCCGCCAGCGUGCACAAACACACACACACACACACUUUAAAAACACACACACACGAGUCACGCACUGAUAUUUUUAGCCAUUGUACAGCAGUUUUACUCAUCAAAGCCUUACCACAAAUCUUUGCACUCCUGUUCUAUCUCUCUCUAUCAGUAUCUCGCACACACACACACAAACACAGACGUCAGGCUUCAGCGUGGAUUGUUUUGAUUGUUUUCCCGCGCUCCGUCCCGCUCCUCAGCUCCCCCAAAAAAUGAUAAAUAAAUAAAUAAAAAUGGAGGUGAGAGUCAUACGCAAAGCCUUAUUUCUCAAGAACCCUCUUAUCCCUUUUGUUGAGUUCAGAACGUCUCAGACUUUGCGCCGUUUGUCUCAGACGGCGAGGAUCAUUACUUUUUGUGUAUCACCUCAGACGAGCGCGCUCGCUUUCAUGAUGUAAGCACAGGGCAAGACUCGCUCGUUCGCAAACGAGCCUCGAUCUUUUGAGGAAAAAGCACACGCCGGCGUCGGCUGGUCAGAGGAGUGAGGCGGGACGGGUCCGGAGCAAGUUUUGAGCCCAUUUGAAUUCCCCGUCGCCGAACUUGAUCCUUCUGACGUUUCCUCCUCUUCUUUUUUAUAUAAGCGGUCAUGAGACUUCUCCAUGUGCGAGUCUUGUGGUGUAAACGGGCCAAAAUCAUGUUUAGAUGCCAAAGUGUGUUAUUGACAUUCAUCAUAGUCGAGCCGUUUACAUGGCACAGUGUUGUCAGUCUAUUCAACUGCCCCCCGUCCCCCCUCCCUGAAAGCCUAGUUUACGGUCUGCAAAAAAAACUACAAAAAAUUUUAAAAAACACAAAAAAAAACUAAAGAUGGCAGCAUUAUUUUCUACAGAAGCUCACCAGUCGCCUUAACCAGGGAGCGUUGUACCAGUAUUACAGGAGAUGUUGUCAGUCAGUGAUGUGUGCCAAGUCUAGGUUCACUUUCGUGUGCCGUUAACCUCUCACUCAUCUGGGUUUUCACUCUUCUGCCAUUUCGUCCGAUCGGCCACAGCGGGAAGGCUGAAAUGGCUCCCCGCAGCAGUUGAAGGCGAUUCAGAGAGAACGAGAGAUGGAGGCAUCUGUUUGAAGGAUGCCCCUCUCCGUCUGGUUGUUGUCUCCCAGGCUAACCGGGGUUAUUAGAAACAGGGCUAUGUGGAGAGACGUCUUAUUGGAAUAGCGACGGGGGAAAUAAAGCGCUUGUUGGUUGGAAAGGGAAGGGUCACGUCCACGGGUCCCGCGCGCAGGCGAAAACAACAGCCAGAGCCGAGAUGAAGGCAAUACAGCUUUCAUUAUCCACUCUCCGAGACCAAACGCGAUGCCAAACUUUAUGCGAUUUUACGGAGGGAGGCGAGCAGACUUCUUUUUUUCCUAAAUGCAGUACACACACACACACACACGAGGCGUGCCACAAACAGCCAUAGCUACCUGUACGAAAGCCGGACAGUCCCCAGAUCAGCGUCGAUGGACCAGGUUUCGUGUAAUCGCGCCUUUUUUCAGCUCGUUCCAGCGCUGUCGUUUCCACAUUCUGAGCGUCCCAAAAAAGCAAAGACAAAUUGCCAAAUCUCACCGACUUGCACAGAAGCCCCACGUCGCACAGUCUCAGUGUGAAGCAUCUCGUCUUUUUGUCCAUGUCGAAGCACAACAGGGCCGUAGAAACGGAGUUUCUGUCGAGCGGCUCGCCUCAGGGGCUGUCAUCGCCGAUGCUCGUUGUAAUCUUUCUAUCUUGUCACUGUUCACUUCUCUGUUCUUCUUCUUUCUUAAUUAUCUUAAGUGCUAUUUAUCAAACAAUGAAAUCUGAAAGGAAAAAAAAAUGAACUUGUCGUUUUUUUGCAUUAUGGCUUAUGUCAAGUUUUUUGAGGAAAAAUGUUUUGUGUGUUCUCUCUUCCUGUGGCGUAAAAAAAGAGCUUGUUGUCUGUAGAGAUUAUCCAAUUUUCUUUUCUUUUUUUGGGGGUUGUUGUUGCUGUUUGCUGUUGUUGAUUUGUUUCUUUUUAAUUCUCAAAAAGGUUUUCAAGUAGUUUUCAAAGUUAUUGUCACGAGAGAAGCCAAAGUCAAUGCAUUUCAGUGGAUCCUGUAAGCGUGAUGUAUGUUUGUUUGACAACUCUUCGAAAAUCUGUCACUGGAUGGGAUUUAAAAAGUACAAAAAAUGCAGGCUUUCCUAUUUCUACAACUGAUUGUACUUAUGCAUUUUGUACCAGUGGAAUUUUUUAUACUGGAGAUUAAAGGAUACAACAAAAAAAAUCUUAGAAAAAAAAAAAAAAAACGCUGUCUGGCCUGGUGGUGUGGCCUGACCCUGACUGGUCCCCGAGUAUGAUUUCUAGCUGGCAUCGAGAAAGUUGGCUUUUGAUAUAAGAUUUUCUAGAAGAUCUUUGGCUUUAUUUCUUUCACUUCUUUUUCCUCACUCGAGUGUUGUUCUUUCUUUCUACCUUUCUUUCUUACUUUUUUUUCCCCUUUUUGUCCGAAAAACAGAGCGUAGGUGAGUGUCAGAUCUUUCAUUUUUUGCUUUAUAAAUAGUUCUUAGCAAGUUUGUCUAUACAACAGCGGUAAGUUUCAUUUGACUUCUGUAUUGUGCCGUCUACACGAUAAGACAAUUAUAGAAAAAGAAGGAAUAGAAAUAUUUAGUCACCUUCAGUGGAUUAAUGUAUUAGUUUAAUAAAGAGAUCAACUAAUUAGAAGAUUUUUGCUUUUAGCUGUUUAGAUUUUUCCGGUUUCUCUGUCCUUCUCUGUGAACUAACUGUGUAGCUGAAGCAGUCAGAAUUAUUUUUGUAAACGUAUGUUCUUGUGUGAUGCAGUUUUUUGCUUCUGUCUCCUAUAUUAAACCAUUUUUCCUAAUA